UGUUUCGUUGAAUGUAGUAUAACCAAAUAUAAUAUCAGAUAAUUUUAUAAGUAUUGAUGCAUUACAUAUAAAUGUUUGAAAUUAUUUAAUAAUGUAAAUAAUAUAUAAAAUAUGUGUUUAUAAUGUGUCUUAUAUGUAUAUAUAAAUAUUUAUAUAUUAAAAUAAAUAUCUAUUUCAUCUAUUUCAAUGUUAAGUUAAUAUAACUAUGCUUCAAAUCAUCAAUUAAAAAAGCACUUUUAAAAAAUUUUUUUUUUAAUCAUCAAAACAUCUGGAUUUAGUUAAAAAUAAAAACUAAAUAUAAAUAAAUAAAUAAAAUACUAUGAGUGUAAACAAACAUAAGAAAAUUGAGACAAUUUUAAAUGAUACAAGUAGUUUCUGUCAUCGAAGAAGUUCGUUGAAAGUUAAUUUAAGUUGUGUUCCAAAUUUAUCAGAUUCUGGCAAUGAUUCACUUGAACAAAUAGAUUUUAGUCAUGAUGAGGAUAGUAUUCUUUCUUAUGGUAUUCCUUUUAAAAAUGUUAAUAUAGUUUUAGAAAGAAUAAGCAAAAACAAUGUACAAAAUAUUUUGUCAAAAUCAAAAAAUAAACAAAUAUUUAACAAAGAAGAUGAAUUAUGUAUUAAUACAAGCACAAUAUAUACUAAAAAUAAACAUCCAAGUAAAUUUAUAAUUGAUGAUGAUAAAUGUGAAAGUAUAAAAAAAAAUGAAUUGUUCUCAAAAAUAUCAAUUACAAGUAAAAUUAAAUGUCAGAAUGAAAAAAAUAAUUUAAAUCAAAAUAUUUGUAAUACACCAAAAAACAAAUAUAAAAGAAAAGAUAUUAAAAAAACAAUACAAUCAAAUAAAAAACAAUUUUCUAAUGUAAAAAAAAAAUUUGUUAUAAAUACAAUUGAUAAUAGUAUUAGUUCAAAAUGUUAUUCUAUAAAACAGCAUUCUAUACAACAAUUAGAAAAAGAAAGUCAUAAUAAAUAUGAUGUAUUAAAACUAAAGAAAAAUAAAAUAUUUUGUGAUUCUAAUGAAAAAAAAAAUCAUAAACCUGACAAUUGUAUUAAUUAUGAAAAUAACUCUCUUAUAUUAAAUAUUUCUGAAAGUGAAAAUGAUUUUAUACCAAUUGCAUGUUCCACAAUGAUAAAUGAUAAAUUAUUAGAUAUAGAAAAAGAAGAACAUUCUAAAAAUGCACAUAAUUUGCAAAAGCAAUGUGACAACUAUGCAUGCCAACUUUCAUGUGAAAAUUUUAAAGUGAUAGGAAAUAAUAAAAACAUAAAUCUAGUUGAAACAGAUGAAUUAAAUACAAUGCAAACUUCUUUAAAUGUCAAUACAUCUAUUGAUCAAAUAAAUGACAAUAAUAAAUAUAAAAAUAAAUCUAAACAGAAAGAUUGUGAAAAUAAAAAAAGUUUUGAAAAUGAACAAAAAGAUACACAUGCAUUAAAUUUUAAAACAACACAAGAUAGUGUAAAUACUGUUUGUACUUCAUUACAAAUGAACACAUCAUUAGAUACUUCAAAGAGAUUACAAAAAAAUAACGAUACAAUUGAUGAUAUAAAUUUAAUUAAAAAACAAAAAAGUACUUUUAACUUACAAAAUACAAAAAAUAAUAGUUUUGAUGUGCAAAAAACUAAUAAUUACGAAAUACCUUAUCGAAAUGAUGCAAUUCUACAAAAAAUUCAUAAUUGUGGUAAUAUAAAUAAUACAAUCAUUUUGCAUAAUUCAUCUUGUAAAAUGUCGCACAUUGACUCAAAAACAUCUAUAAUCAUUAAAGAAUCAAUUGAUGAAAGUAAAAUAGAAACAAAUCAAAAUAUGAAAUAUUCAAUGACAUCAAAUAAUAAAAAAAAAUGUAAAAAAAAAUUAUUACCUUUACAUGAAUCUUCACAAUUAUUAUCAUUCUCUCCUGUACAAAAUGAAGAAUAUUCAUCUCCUCCAUUUUUAAUAUUUAGAAAAAAACAUAAAAAAAAUAAAAAUGAAGUUAAAAAGAUAGUUAAUGAAAAUAACACAGAAAUUGUUAAAAAAAAGAAAAAAAAUUAUGAUGGUAAAAAAAAACAAAAAAAAACAAAGAAAAUAGUUAGUAAAAAAAUUGUUAUUAAAAAAAUUGUUAAUGAAGAUAUUUUAAAGAAAUUAAAAGAAAAUAAAGAAAAAGUUAAUAAAUUAGAAACAACACAUAUUUAUACUUUAGAAAGAAAUUUAUCAGAUGAUUUUCAACCUACAAAAACAUCAUCUGUUGUUCAAUUUACAAAAAAAAAACAAAUGCACAAAUUGAAUAUUGUUACAACUGGUUUGUCUAAUGAAGAUAAAGAUAUAGUGAGAAGUGUUGUUAAAACUCUUGGUUCAGCAAAGAUUGAAUUAAAAGUUACAAAAAAUACAACACAUAUAGUAACUACAGGUGUACGUACAAUAAAUCUAUUACAUGGUAUUAUAAGAGGCUGUUGGUUAGUUAGUUUUGAAUGGAUCUUAAAAUCUUUAGAAAACAAUGCAUGGUUAAAUCCAGAAAAAUAUGAAAUGACACAUUUUUCAAAAGCAGUUUUGGAAAAUCGUAAAGAUAGGCAACUAUUUGGAAAAUCCUAUGUUCCAGAAUUAUUUACUGCUUGUGGAUGCAUAUACAUUGAAAAAAAUACAACACCACCUUAUAAUGUAUUAAAAGAUCUCAUAAAAGCUGCUGGUGGUUGUAUUACUGAAAAUCCAGAAACAGCAAAAAUUAUAAUUGGUGUUGAAGGUUUAAAAGAAACUUGGAUUUUAGAUUGUAUCACAUCAGGUGAAUUACAGCCACAUAAUCAAUACCAACAAUUAUAAAUAUUAAUUUAAAUAUUAUGAUAUUUUUAAAAUAAUGAAUAUCGAAAACAAAUAUCAGUUGAAACAUAAAUAUAUGUAUAAAUUUAUAUAUCACAUAUAUAAAUAAAAAGAAAUAUAUUGUAAAUAUAAAUAUAUUAUGAUAUAUAUUUAAUAAAUAUAUAUAUAUAUAUAUGAUAAUGUCUAAGAACACAUAUCUACUAAACA